UGAAGAUUUCGCUUACAACUAGCUAAACUAUGGAGUACUAAUAAUUGGGUGACAUAAGAAGAAUUCUGUUUUACAAAAAUAACAAAAGUGUUAAGAUCAACCUGCAUUUGAAUCUUAAAAGUUGUGAAGAUGAAAAAUUCGGGUAAAUACAUGCUCGUUUUACUCUUUACAAUGUCCUUGAUAGCCAUUCAUGUAACAGGUCAAAAUAGCACGGGUCUAACCAACCAAACAGACACAACUCGAAAUUUACGAUUUCUAGUACCCAAAAGAGACUUGGAAGAUUUUGUAAAAGUUAGACCAUUGAGUAACGGCAGUGAUGACAUCAGUGGUUUUUCCAUUGAUGUUUUCAGGGCUGCGGCCAAGCUUGCCAUCCCUUCGCGUGGAUUUGAUUUAGUUCCCUUCACUAAAGACGACAGGACUACCAUGAGAGGAACUUUUGAUGAAAUGCUUCAGGCCGUCGAUAAUGAGGGAUUCGAUGGUGCGGUGGGGGAGAUAACAAUAUUAAGUCGUAGGAUGCAGUGGGUUGAUUUUACAUUGCCUUACUUGGACACAGAGAUAGGCCUACUGGUGCGGGUACAGGCCAUGAAUAGUAAAGAACUCGUUGCGUUGACACCAGCUACAAAAAUAAUUUUGGUUCUAGUUGGUACACUUGGCUUUAGCAUUUUGGUCGCAGUUGGGUAUUGGAUUUGGAAGCUAUGUACAUACAAGCAUGCAACAUCAUCCACACAACUCUCAGUACUAGCGAUUCUAUUAGUUCUUAUGGUGUUACUACUCACAAUAGCUUCAUACGCUCCCCGCCAAACUUCAUCAUCAUCACUAUCAACACGACGAUCGGAUAGCAAAGUGAAGAGCCUCGUAGACUUAAAAAGAGAAGGGUUGAAGAUAGGCUAUCGACAAGGAGCCUUUGUGAAAUCAAUGCUGGUUAAUAAAGGAGGGAUUUCGGAAACAAAUUUGAUAGAACUAGAAUCCGAAGUCGAAAUGCUUCACAAGCUACAGACAGGAGGUGAAGAUGGUGGUAUCGAUGCUGUUGUUGCUGGUACUCACCAUCUCAAACUUUUCCAAGAAGAACAUUGCGAUGAAUUUACCCUUGUCCAAGAUUUUCGUGUUAAAUCUGCUGGACUUGGAUUUGCUUUUCAUAAAGAUCAAUCUCCUUCUUUUGUAAAUUUAUUCUCAGAAGCCAUUGUAAAACUAAUUGACUUUGGAAAUAUGACAGAAAUUCAAGAGGCGACUAUUGGUGAUUUGGAUAAGAUAUGUCAAGAAACCACCGGAGCGGCUGGCGGUUUCCGAUCCACAGUUGAAGAUCGUAUCUCUAUUUGGCUCCCAGUUACGACUGCCAUAUUCGUUGUCGUGCUGGUGCUUGUCAUGCUUUUAUCUUAUUGCGGAUUGCUUUGCAUCAAGAAAUAAGUCACUACCUUAUGUACACUAUACGCACUUACCUAGCUUGCUAUAAACUUCAUCCUUUGUUUUUAAAUAGUUGCCUCUAUCAUUUCUCUUUUGAAGGUCCAACUUUUAUUAACAAUGAGAUAUUGUUAGAAAUAUUUCAAUAUGUAUAUUUAAAAUAUUUAUUUUGCAUAAUU